UGUGUUAGCGACGUUCUUUUAGCGACAAUCGCUUUGCAACACGGUGCUAGCGUGGCUGCCAUGAACUUCCUCCUUUGGUUAUAAGGUUGUGGCCGAGAUAAAAUACUAUUUCAAUACUUUCACAGUCAACGGUAUCACGUCUGUUUUUGUUUUAUUUGUAACAUUUGGGACUCGCUCUACAUCAAGCCUCCUGCAUGACGGCAUGUGACGGAAGCGGGCUUCUUACAAUUAAAUGAUUUUUGAAAGCAGAAUAAGAGAAACUGAAGUCCUGCACUUGGUGGUAAUGUCGACAUGAAGAUACAAUCAUGAACUAAUACAAUUACACAAACUAAACAAUACAUACAGGCGAUGAGAUACACUUUCUCUACUGAUAAAGUCUUUAAGACAAUGAACUAAUAGAGUCUAACACAAUGGAGUGCGUUUAUUUUAGUGUGAUUCUAUUUGUUGGUUCUAUAGACAUAGCAACAUCAUGGACCCAAGAAACCUCAACCGGCGCAGGGACGUCAAGUUUGGGUUUUAACUCGACACACACCGUCAUAAACAGCACAACAGCAAUCAUCAAUCCUACUGCCAGCCCAUUAGAGCACAAUACAACAGCUGUCAUCGCACAAGACGAAUCAACAGCGACCAUCAAUUCCUCUAUCAUAACUGUAACGAACAGCACAACAGCAACUACCAAGUACACGUCACAGUCCAACAGCGCGAGUUCAACGUCACAUGGCAGCACGCAACCAAUCGGAAGCGAUAUAGUGGUCUGUCAAGUGUAUGACCGCAAUUCACUGAUGUCUCUACAUGAGAAUUGUACAUUGGUAAACUUCACGUUUGGCGAAUGUUACUGCUUGGUAGCUGAGUACUGUUGUUUCAGCCUCUACAACUGCUGCCCAGACAAUUGUACAUGCAUAGAGAAAUCUACCUCCAUAACUUUGGACGAAGAUCUGAUCAUCACAAUCUCCGUCGCAGGAUUUCUACUUCUGAUGAUGUGCACUUUCGUUAUCGCUUACUUUGUACGGCACUCCACUUCCAAGAAAUACCAGGAACAACUCAAGCCUACAAUGUCAGCUUCGUCAAACAGUUCGGGAGUAGCUGCAGCCUUAACAACAGACACACUGACAGCAGGACGAGCAACAAACGGUGUGAGAGCAGCAACAACAGCAACUACUGCGACACCGUAUGCUCGGAUGAACUCCCAUUGGGGUCAAGCCUGGAGGGAUUACUCCCCUCCUAGAAUCCUGACAAGAAACCCCCACCCUUAUCGACAUCAGCAAGAUCAACACAUGCUGUGUUAAUGACGAAAAUGUCAACGACUGUGACAACAGCUUUGUUCACAGCAACUGUCACAGCAACAUGUGACAGGCAACAUGACAAUAGGAGCACCAAAAAUGCACUCUGACAACAGCGCCAACAGCAAGUACUCUGACAGCAGCCUUAACAUUAAGUACUCUGACAGCAGCCUUAACAUUAAGUACUCUGACAGCAGCCUUAACAUUAAGUACUCUGACAGCAGCCUUAACAUUAAGUACUCUGACAGCAGCUUUAACAUUAAGUACUCUGACAGCAGCCUUAACAUUAAGUACUCUGACAGCAGCCUUAACAUUAAGUACUCUGACAGCAGCCUUAACAUUAAGUACUCUGACAGCAGCUUUAACAUUAAGUACUCUGACAGCAGCUUUAACAUUAAGUACUCUGACAGCAGCUUUAACAUUAAGUACUCUGACAGCAGCUUUAACAUUAAGUACUCUGACAGCAGCUUUAACAUUAAGUACUCUGACAGCAGCUUUAACAUUAAGUACUCUGACAGCAGCUUUAACAUUAAGUACUCUGACAGCAGCUUUAACAUUAGGUACUCUGAGAGCAGCCUUAACAUUAGGUACUCUGACAGCAGCUUUAACAUUAAGUACUCUGACAGCAGCCUUAACAUUAAGUACUCUGACAGCAGCUUUAACAUUAGGUACUCUGACAGCAGCUUUAACAUUAAGUACUCUGACAGCAGCUUUAACAUUAAGUACUCUGAGAGCAGCCUUAACAUUAGGUACUCUGACAGCAGCUUUAACAUUAAGUACUUUGACAGCAGCUGCAGAACAGCUAAGGGGAAACUAUCAAAAUAAAUAUUUAUACAUCAA